UCAGAAAAGUCGGCUGCUACAGAGACACGCACGACCGCGCACUCCGCAUCCCAUACCACAACCACCGCGGUCGUAUAAUAUGGCGCAGAUGGCCUGACAUGACUUACGUCGUGAAGGCGUGCGCACGGCGGGCGUUCUUACAGCACAUCCCGCGCUUGUUCGGUGUUCAGUUCUAUGGGGAGUGUUGGGGGGACGUGGACCCAUCCAGAUACAACAUCCACGGGUUGGCAUCCAACUGCAUUCAUGGUGUGGGGGAGCACUGGUCGAAUUACGUCUACUCAAUGAUCCCUUGCACUACGAAGAAGUUAAACCUUGCAUUUGUGGUCGAUGGUUCAGGAAGCAUCAACAACGCAAGAUUUGGCCGUUUCAGAGAAUUCGUUAAAAAGAUGGCAGAAUCUUUUCCGGUAUCCGCAACCAAUACACAAGUUGCGACUGUGGUUUACUCGGAAGAACCCGAACUGAUAUUUAACUUUGGAAAAUACAACGAUAUCAACGAGAUUAAGACAGCCGUGGACAAUAUGCCCUACCACGGUAAAACCACGCACACAGGAAAAGCUUUGAAGUUCACGCUAGAAGAGGUGUUUAAGAAGGCACGUAAAAACGUGAAGAAUGUGCUUAUUGUACUUACGGAUGGCCAUGCUAGUGACCUCGUGAAGAAGCCCGCUCAGGCCGUGAGGGAUUAUGGGGUCGAGGUAUUCGCUGUGGGCGUUGGCUCUCCUGAUAUUGCCGAACUGGAGGAAAUCGCCACAGACCCAGAUAAAGACCACGUUUUCAGCGUGGACUUUGAUGAAGUGAGCAAUAUCACAGGGGGCCUGGAGAAUCAAAUCUGCACAGAUUAAAACAUCAGACAAAGGGCAAUCAGGACAUUUGGGAUGGGGGCCUGCGUCCUUGACAAGAUUACAGCGAGUUAACGUUGGGUCAGACAAAAAUAGCUGUGCUAAUAUAUAAUAGAUAAGGAAACUCGAUCAUGUAUAAUUAACGCGAUUAAUAAAGGACAAUUUGAACUUUA